AUGGAUGUUCUCGAUCUGUAUGAGUCAGGCGAAUGGUCAGCAGCGAAUUCUCCUUGCUCUGAGCUGUUCGAAGAUGUGGAUCUGAGCUCUGCUUCUGAUCUGGAUGAGAAUUGCUCGUAUCUGAAUGACAUCGCGAUCGACUUUGCCUCUUACCUGGAUCCUGCCACCUUGAGUACCAGUCCCGAAGAUUUGAGCAAGUAUUUAGCACCCAAAGAGCCCAAGCGUAGAGAAGUAGUGGAGCCAUAUUUACCCGAGGUAGAACGGGGGUACUCUCCCAUUAAGAUUGUAAAAGUAGAUUCCAAAGUAAAUUCCCUUAAACCGGCUGUGACGUACAGAUCAACUAACCUGGCGAAAGAACCUGAGCUGAAGUCGAACAGGCUGCCUUCCAUCUCUUCGCAACUCAAGGCGCCGAAAUCCCGUCGUGGUUCGUUGUCUUUGAAGAAAGCGGUUGAGAAAGGAAGCGAUGAAUAUCGUUUGAAACGAGAGCGAAACAACAUUGCGGUCCGCAAGAGCAGAUUCAAGAGCAAGCAGAAAUAUGUGGAGACCCAGCACAAAGUUGACGAGCUGCAAGAGGAGAAUGCCCGCCUACAAUCCAAGGUGGAUUUUCUCACUAAAGAGCUCAACGUUCUCCGGAGCCUGUUUUCCACCACUGGUGCCUACAAGGACCCUUCGGUCAAUGCAGCACUGAUGUCUCAUGGCAUCCCGACUCAUCAUGGACUUGUCGCCUCCCGUUAA